UUCAAAUCAAUCCCUCCUUCCUUUUCUUUUCAUAAUUCUAUUCCUUCGACGGGCAGAUUUAUGGCUUUUCUUCAGAAGUCUUCUACUUUUUUCGCCGCCACUAAAUGGCUUGGCUUUGUAACCGCCGUUUGGGUGCAAGCCAUUUCAGGCAACAAUUACACUUUCUCUAACUACUCCGAUGCUCUAAAAACUCUUAUGAACUUGACCCAACUCCAGCUUAACGGUUUAUCUGUUGCUAAAGAUGUAGGUAAGGCCUUUGGCCUCCUCGCUGGUCUUGCCUCCGACCGCUUACCCACUCCCGUCAUUCUUCUCAUCGGUUCAAUCGAAGGUCUAAUUGGUUAUGGUGCUCAAUGGUUUGUUGUUAGCAAGCGAAUUCAACCUCUUGCUUACUGGCAGAUGUGCAUAUUCCUCUGUUUGGGAGGCAACAGUACAACAUGGAUGAACACGGCGGUUUUAGUGACCUGCAUACGUAACUUUCGGCGAAACAGAGGUCCUGUCUCCGGCAUCUUGAAGGGUUAUGUGGGACUUAGCACUGCCAUAUUCACCGACCUCUGUUCUGCUCUGUUCUCGGAUAAUCCUGCUAGCUUCCUCCUUAUGCUCGCAAUUAUACCCUUUUUCAUCUGCCUCACCGCCAUCCUCUUCCUCCGCGAGAUCCCUCCGGCUGCUACCGCCGAAGAAGAAAAAGAAGAGUUCAAAUAUUUCUCUGUCUUCAACGUUGUGGCCAUUGUUGUCGCAGUUUAUUUGUUAGUAUAUGACUUCAUCAGUAAUCCUAGCAGGAGUUUUUCUUUAGUGUUUUCAAUUAUAUUGCUAUUUCUUCUAGCUUCUCCAUUAGCAGUUCCAGUUUAUUCAUUUGUAAAGAGCUGGAAUCUGAAGCGGUUGAAGAACAAACCUGCUGACGUUGAAGAGCACAUUGAUGAACCAUUGUUGAGUGAAGAAAUCGAAGAGGAUAUUGAUAUUCAACAAAAACCAUCGGAGGAGGCAGCAUUGGCAGUAGUUGCUGCUCAACCACCGGCUGAUGAAGUGGCGGAGAUGAGGAAGAAGCCGGUGAUCGGCGAAGAUCACACGAUUUUCGAAGCAAUGACGAAGUUAGAUUUUUGGAUUUUGUUCGUUUCAUUUCUUUGUGGAGUGGGUACGGGUUUGGCUGUGAUGAACAACAUGGGACAGAUUGGUUUGGCUCUGGGAUAUGCUGACGUUUCGAUUUUCGUCUCUCUUACAAGCAUAUGGGGUUUCUUUGGAAGGAUUGGUUCUGGUUCGAUUUCAGAGUUCUUCAUCAAGAAAGCAGGAACACCAAGGCCUCUUUGGAAUGCAGCAUCUCAAAUUCUAAUGGCUGUUGGGUAUAUUCUGAUGGCUUCGGCUAUGCCUGGUUCUCUAUACAUUGGUUCAAUUGUUGUAGGCAUCUGCUACGGAGUUCGUCUAGCAGUCACAGUCCCAACUGCCUCCGAGUUGUUCGGUCUCAAAUACUAUGGUCUAAUCUACAACAUCUUAAUCCUCAACCUUCCACUUGGUUCCUUUCUCUUCUCUGGUCUACUUGCCGGAUUUUUAUACGAUGCUGAAGCUACUCCGACAGCAGGAGGUGGCAAUACUUGUACUGGUGCUCAUUGCUAUAGGCUUGUGUUCAUUAUUAUGGCAAUUGCUUGUUUCAUUGGUUUUGGUUUGGAUGUUCUGUUGGCAAUUAGAACAAAGAAGCUCUAUUCUAAAAUACAGGCGAACAAGAGAUCAAAGAAAUUUUCUGCAACAUCUAACAACUAAUGACAAGUUUGAAGCUGGGGUAAGUGGAUUAGAAUAGUAGGAUUGAAGGGCAUUCUGUCCAGUGAUAUCCUGAACUUGUCAAGUUUUUUUUUU